AUGGGAACUCGCGGCCUCAUCAUAGUUCGCUUCAACAGGCGAUACUAUGUUCGUUUCAAUCGUCUGGACAGCUACUUCGAGGGACUGGGCGCCAGUAUUGUCGCGGGAAUCCCCGCCGACCCGGACGAGUACCGCGCGUGGCUCGACAAGGAGCGAGCAAAAUAUGCAGCCCUGGAGAAGAAGCUCGAGGAUGAGGUCUAUGAGUUGCGAGACGGGGUGGAUUCUAUCCCGCGUGGUUUUUACAAUUUCCUCGAAUUUCCCUCUGAGCUUCCCUUACUGGACAACCUCGACGCCGAGUACACAUACAUCACAAACUUGGAUCAAGAAAUUCUCACCAUGAAUCAGGGCAUUCACUGGAAGUUGGCCAACAUCCCGCGAAAAGACAACUUGUGGCUUCGCUCCAUCGCCGACAGCGUUUACGUAGGCAAACCAACCAUUUGCUUGGAGACGUGCCCCGAGGAGUACGUGGCAUCGCCAGCCUUGCCAGCCCCCAGUGACAACAUGGAAAUGGACAUCAACUUCCGCCUCGUAGUCCCGGCAGCGAGCGUCGAGGGCGGGCGAAGCAUGCUCCUCGCCUAUCUUUUGGCCCGGGUUUUCGAGGCCUACCAGCGGCAGAUAACCCAGUUUGCACUGGAGUGGGCGGCAGACUCUUUCCCUUUUCGCGAGCUUGUUUUUGCUCUCGUCUCUAUUGCUUCUGGAAAGGCCAGACUGAAUCCCUGCGUGCCGGGACCGGAAGUCAUGGAGCUCUGCGCCGAUCGCGUGUGGGCUGAAACGGCGGAUAAAGAGCCGCCCGUUCCCUUCGGCACCAUGUUCCAUCGUCCCGGGGAACCCCCAGGGGCGUCUCCGUCCGAAACCAUCUACUGGCUUGACGACGUCCUUGUCUGUCUCACAAGAAUGCCAGACGGCGAGUCCGUCACCAGGGCCGUCGACUACGGUUGGGACGAGGGCUUCGGCCACUUCCAGAUUGUCAUCUUAUCCGUUUUUGACGUCGUUUUCGCCGAGGUGUCACCGGGGGACGACGACUUGCCAUUCGUGAAAGUGACGGCCCGAAUGCCUCUUUCACCUAUUCGAAAGCACCACUGCGUGAGCUCCCACCCGCGGGAACGGCCGGCGGCGAAGCCGAACAUGAAUCAGCGCUUUGCGACGGAAGACCGGGUCAUGAGAAGUUUUCCCAGCUGGGACAUGCGCAUCUUUGACAGGCUAUUCGUGGGGUGCGCUGCACUCGUCAACUUCUUCAACGUCGCCGGGAACCGCCGCGCAGCCACCGCAUCUCCGGGGAGACUUCCUCCGGAGCUGUACGAGCAGAUCAUCGGUCAUUUGGAUCACGAGACGUGGAACAGCUGCUUGGAUGUGUCGCAGCAAAUCCGUCAAAUUUGUCUGCGAAAAUUCAGGCUCGAUCAUCAGAUGAGACUCGUGGCGCCGCCACCUCAGCUGCCGCAAGGCAAGCAUAAAAAACGCCCAAUAUCGUUUCAUGCCCAAAACGUCCAGUCCGGGAGAAUUGUCCAACUCACGCCCUGUCCAACAUACCUUAACCCUCUGUGGGAAAACAGGUACAACUGGGUACCGGUCAUUGGCGACAAUCUCAAAUUGGCCAUGCAAAAUGCCUUGAUCGAGUUUAAGAUCAGUGCCGACUCUGAGGAGCGAACGCAUAAUGAACCCGACAGCCAGAUCUCGUCCUAG